AUGCAUAUCCUUGUGACCAACGAUGACGGGCCGCCGUCGAACGAAUCGUCCCCUUAUAUCCUCGCCUUUGUACGCACCCUGGAAGAAGCUGGACACGAGGUCUCUGUGAUCUUGCCUAGCGAGCAACGAUCAUGGAUCGGCAAGGCCCAUAUCAUUGGAAAGGAUACUGAAGAGCAUGGAUCACCAAAGUCACAAGAGUCGAAGCAGGGAAAGCCAUGGGUUCUGGUCAAUUCAACACCUGCGACCUGCUCGCAGCUUGGAUUGGCACACUGCUUCAAGGACAGAAAGCCAAUUGAUCUGGUUGUGUCGGGGCCCAACUACGGACGCAACACAACAGCCAUCUUUGCCCUGUCAUCGGGUACCCUGGGUGCCGCUCUCGAGGCAGCUGUGUGUGGAGCAAAGGCAAUUGCCAUCUCAUUCGCAUUCUUCGACCGCUUGAACGACCCCAAGAUUGUGGCACAGAGCUGCAGACAGGGCGUGCGUGUGAUCGAGUACCUGGCUAAGAACCAACAGUGGGAUGCCGGUCGCGUUUACACAAUCAAUGUCCCUGUCAAGGAUGGCGUGGAGAAGCAGCCCGUAGUGUGGACGGAGAUGUUGCAGAACCAGUGGUCAUCAAGCUCUUGCUUUGACGAAACACCUGGUGUGGUCGAAGAUGCAGACGCUGAAGAGACAAAGCUGAGGAAGCAGGAAAGCAGAGGCGGAGAGGAGCCGAAGCAGGGACAGAACGACACAAAAGAGAGCAGCAAAUGGGCACCUCGACACUACAAGUGGGCACCCAAAUUCAAGGAUGUCUAUGAAAGCGUCGAGAAGGCUGGACCUGGAAAUGACGGCUGGGCGGUGCAGCAGGGUCAGACGAGUGUGACGGCACUCAAGGCCAACUUUGCUCACGUGUCAGGCUACAAGGGCGAGAUCAAGCUGUAG